UAGCCCAAGUACUAAACCCCGGGCGCAUCCUCGCCAUGUUGUUCUAUGUAUUAUAAGGUUUCCUUCUAUCCGUCACAACAUAGUUUUGUGAUGGUACUUCUGGCGAUUGGCGUACCGUCCUACUCUUCUUCCCCCUUUUCUUUUUCUUUUUGUAGCUUCCCAUGUAUCUUUUUCCUUGUUUCCUUUUCUAUUUUACUUAAAAGAUACACGGAUUGUUUUUUCCUUCAGCGGGUUCUGCUUCUUUUGUACAGGCAGCUUGGGUUCUCUUCCAUCCUUUCCAUCUGUCUAUCUUUUCUUUCGAGGUUUACUUUUUUUCAUUCUUCCCACCUCUUUCUGGGUAGGUAGUACUUGGGUUGGCGAGAGUCAACGCUUUUUUGCAUUGCGAGGGUUUGUAUUUUUGUACUUGUACUUUUUUAAGUGGCAUAUGUAUGUACUCUGCUUGCUCCUUGCGUCGCUAGGGGAGGGGAGCCUUCACUCAUGCAUGGCUAGUACGGGUAAUUCGGAACUUUUGUUGCCUGGAUUAAGAAAAUAGGUAGCAAUUGUUUAAAGCCCAUAAUUGAUUCGUCGAAAAUCGAUCCUGCGGGUUGAAUAUCA